AUGCAGCGCAUCAUGGAGACGGACGUCGGCAUCUCCGAGUACAUCGGGCACGACGUGCCGGCGAUCGAGGGAAUCAUCAAGCAGAGGUUUACAGACUUUCUGGUGUUUGAGGUAGACUUGGACGGACAAGUGAUACACCUGAAGUCGCUCGGCAUGCCCGAGUCCUCGAAGAAAGCCGCGGAUGCGAAAGCAACGGCAACGGCUGGAAACACCCCUGCCUCAUCAUCUGCACAGCAAGCUACAGGAGAUGACAAGAUGGCUGAAGAUGCGCAGGCCAAGCCAGAUGCGCAGGCAGAGGCCCCCGCUGCAGAGGCAGCUGCCGAAGUACCCACCCCGAGGGCCGAGGCAGAACCGACCGUGACGGAGGAGGUUCCCAAGGAUGACGAGCCUUGGCCGGAGCGCUUCACAGAGUCACUAAAACCGUUCCUUGCGGAGGACGUGAUCACUCGCGUGAAAACGCUGUACCUGGAAGGCCCUGAGCCGCCUUUCGUGAGCGACAGUGGCUGGGGCGGGCGAGGCAAGGCCGGGGGAAGCGGCGAGCCUUCUGACCCCGCAGCAUCUACCGAGCCUGCUGUUGCACCUGAGCCUGAAGGGAGAGGCAAGCGUGGGCGAGACCGCGGAAGAGGUGGUCGCGGCGGGCGCGGGGGACGAGGAGGCGCAAGGGGCGGCAGACCGGGUGCCAGAGAGGACACUCGCAAAGUAUUGUCUAAUCCGAUCGCUUCCAAAGAGACUCGCACUGGUCUUCACCAAGCCAUCCGCGACUUGUUCAAGGGUAAACUUGACACUGAGACGGAUACGAGUGCGCCUGCUUCAGAUGAAGGCUCGCGCAUCGUCAUAAAAUGGAGCAAACGCGGAGGUGGAGGUGGGCGUGGUGGUCGCGGUGGCGGACGAGGAGCGCGACCAGACGCUGGUGGUGGUGGAGAGCGGGGCGGAUAUCCGCCUUACAUACACUUCACAUUGCAGAAGACGAACCGGGACACUCAGGACGCGCUGGCGGCCCUCUCGCGCACUCUCCACUGCAAUGUCAAAGACUUGUCCGUCGCAGGGACAAAGGACAAGCGUGGUGUGACGGUCCAGCGCGUGUCAUUAAGACGCGGUAACAAGACCGUGGAGGAUGUGUGGAAGAUGGCCAACGGUCAAAACGGCAAGCGGACGACGGAGGAAAUCCUAUCGCAGCGGGGAGAGCGUGGUGUGCGGGUUGCCGACUUCAACUACAGAAAAGCGAGCUUGGAGCUGGGUAUGCUCAAGGGGAACGCCUUUGUGAUCACGCUCCGCACCGUUCGAGUCGACUCUAUGGAGACAUUAGACCGGGCCAUGAACACGAUCAAGAACAAGGGCUUCAUAAACUACUACGGCAUGCAGCGCUUCGGCACGGCGUCAAUCCCUACCCAUUCGAUCGGCCUCGCUCUGCUGAAGGGCGACUGGCACAGGGCUGUUUCUCUCAUCCUCCGCAAUCGACCAGGAGAGCAUCCCGACGUCGUCGCGGCCCGGAAUGCAUGGCUCGUGGAGGGGGACCUGGACAAGGCCAUUGAGUUGAUGCCUCGUCGCGUGGUCGCCGAGCGGUGCAUCCUGGAAAGCUACAGGAAGCAGGACGGCGACACGAGAAACGCCAUGGGCUCCUUGUCCACGAUCCCUCGUAACCUGCGGUUGAUGUACGUGCACGCAUACCAGUCGUAUGUGUGGAACGCCAUCGUCUCCGAGCGCAUCAGGAUGCACGGCGCAGACAAGCCCGUCGUCGGCGACCUCGUCUUCGACGAGACCACCGCCAAGGUCGAAGACGCCGAAGAUGUCGCGGAGAUCGCCCUCGACGGGGUCGAGGGAGACGUUCCCCUGGAGGACAAGGCGGCCAAUGAGGACGCGGACGGGGCCGCGGGAAGAUCAGGCAGGCGAUCGAGGAAGGCUUGGGAACCGCCGAAAGUCAAGGUCCUGGCGGAGGCGGAUCUAGACAAGUACAGCAUAUUUGACGUGAUCAUGCCUCUACCUGGUAAGGACGUCGACUACCCCGGUGGUCGGUUGGGCGAGCGGUACAGGGAGUUCUUGAGGAAGGACGGCCUUGACCCCGACAACUGGGUGCGCAAGCAGAAGGACUACUCGUUAGGAGGUUCAUACCGCAAGAUCCUCCACCUGCCAAAGGAGCUGUCGUGGACCGCGAUGAGGUACACCGACCCGGACGUCCCUCUGGCACAAUCAGAUGAAGAUAAGCUGCUUGGCAUGCCUCCGCCGGCUACUGUCGAGGAUGGCAAAUUCCUGGCCCUCCAAGUGAACCUGCAGCUCGGUACCGCUGCGUAUGCCACGAUGGCGUUGCGCGAAGUUACCAAGACCGAGACAAGUUCACACUUCCAGACGACGCUCACACAAGCGUCUGAAGACCAAAAAUACAGAACAACCGAGGGCGUGGCAGAUGCAGGCACAGAGUAG